UUUUGGUCUCAUUCGAGGCAAACAUUCGACACGACAAACUGCAGCCGCACAGCGGUUGAUGAUGAUGUGUUGAUGUGAUGAUUGAUCGCUUCUUGCUUCUUUGCUUCUUGCUUCUUGCUUGCUGACUUGCUUCAUCGCUCUGCUUGUUGCUUGAUGCGUGCUGAAGGAUUAUUGCUUCACCCUCCAGCCAGCUCGCCCGCUCAAUGCGGUUCGGGUGAGACCGGUCCAUUUCCUCCAUCACCAAGCAAGCAAGCAAGCAAGCAAGCAAGCACUGUCUGCCAAGAUGAUGAGCUCAAGCUCCGGCUCUCGCACGCGUCGGGCGACAACCAAGGAACAAGAAGGCAAACAUGUUCCAUACGGAAAGGAAGGCACAGGUUUUUACACCCUGGCAACAAAGGGCUGCUUUGAUGUGAUUGGCAACUCAACCGACCUGUGCCAGGAAGCCAUGGGCCACGCCAUUGAAGCGUACAAGCGUCGCAACGACGGCAAGCCCUUCACCAUUGCCGAUUACGGCACGGCCGACGGCGGCACAUCCAUGCCUCUCUUUGCCAAGCUGCUGCACCAGCUGCGCGAGUCGCUGCCCCGCGACCCUGUCGUGUUUCUCUACGAGGACCAGCCCGUCAACGACUACAACAGCCUCUUCAAGCGCAUGCACGGCAUCAUCCCCACGCCAGCUUCAUCUCAGGAUGACACGCCAAUGGAGACACUGCUGGACAUGGACGAUAACGUGUACAUCAUGGCAUCCGGCACCUCGUUCUACCAGCAGGUGACGCCGGAUGCGACCGUUGACUUUGGGUACGCUGCCACGGCCAUGCACUGGCUGACAUCUGCGCCCUGCCCAAUCCCAGAUGCGCUCCACUCCUCCUACACGCAGGACGCGCACGCGAAGAAGAUGUACUCGGAUCAGGCGCACAAGGACCUGAAGCACAUUUUCAAACUCCGCAAGAACGAGAUGAAGGCGGGUGCGCAGUUUGUGUGCGUGAACUUUGCAAAAGAUCCAGACGGCCAGUUCCUCGGCCACACGCACAAGACCCCAAGCUGCAUGCACACCAACUUCAAUGAGAUUUGGCGUGGCAUGGCACGGGAAGGGCUCAUCACGGACAAGGAGGUUGCCAACACCAACUUCCCGCACCAGUACCGGACUGAGGACGAGCACCGCGCCGUUUUCCACGAUGCCGAGCUCUCCUCUCUUUCACUGGACCGGCUGGAGACGCGGGUGACGCCCUGCCCGUUCCGCCAGAGCUUGCUUGCAGGCAAAAUCAAGCCGAAGGACUAUGCGCGCACCUUUGUGCCAACCACUCGCACCUGGAGCAACAGCACCUUCCGCAGCGGCCUCUCACCCAAGCACAGCGAGGAGGAGCGGGACAAGCUGGUGGACGAGCUGUUUGAUCGCUAUGCGGAGCGCAUCAGCGAAAAGCCCACCGACCACGGCAUGGACUACGUGCACGCCUACUUCACCGUCAGCAAGGCUGACCACUAACCAACAAGCACCCGUGCGCGACUGUGCGACUGUGCGCAUGCGCACAUGCCAAAACAGACACCUUCCUCUUCGUCUUAAACCUCUGAAUCCUCCUACCCUCAUCUUCUCGUCCUUGUCCGCCACCAUACACAACUGAAACGACUGCCAUAAACGAGAAUCGAUGGACA